AUGUCCGCUGAGUCAGUCGGUGGCCGCGGAAACGGCGAUAGCGCUAGCGGACCGUGGGAAAUAGCGGCGCUGAUAAAAAUUACGAAAAAUACAAACCCAGAAAUGACGCCCGAAAAUAAGCGCGAGGGCACUUCCGCGAACCGGCGUGUAUCGUAUUUGCGCACUGAUACCCCGAGCAAGUCCGGACGAGGUGACUCGCCUACAAAAAACGUUCUCCCUAACGGCCUAACAGAUCCGUUCGAUUCCUUUGAAGUUGGCUUUAAGACUGAUAAGCAUAUUCUGUACUAC